GAAGUCAUUCCAUCUGAUUCAAGUUUCAGCCCAUGCGUACUUUCACGUUGACAAGUGAACGAGCGUUCACAUAGCGGAGUCUUUUCUCAAACAGAGUAAGAUUAAUACAUAUUUUAUCAACUAACAAUGGGUGGACAAGCAAAAGCUAAGAAGAAAAUCAAAGCUAAAAGAAAAGACACCAAGCCAGAUGGAGGUGCACUGAUGUCACCAAAGGAGAGAAUGAAAGCAAAGAUGCAUGAAAGGGCUAAAAAGAAAACAGCUGAAAAAUAUACUGUUGGUCAGUUAUUGCAAAAGACUGAAGAAUCUGUAGACAACUUUGACUUCGACAUGGCCAGACUGUACUGUCAGCGAGCGUUGGAUAUUGAACCUACUAACCUGACUAUCCUGGACAUGAUGGGGAGCAUCUGCUCUGAGCUGGGAGAUGUAGAGAAAGCGAAACAAGUGUAUCUGAAGGCUGUGGAGCUUAGUCCAGAGGAGGGCCACAGUAAAUACAUGUACCUGGGCCAAAUCCACACAGGCAUGGAGGCUGUGCAAUACUUCAGUAAAGGAAUUGAGGUCAUGCUCAACACCAUGGACAAACAUGCAAAUGAGGCUGGUGCAUUUGGAGCGGGCGCAAUCCCCUCUGAGGGUCCCGUCACAAAGAAGGACGUGUCUGUGGCCUUCUGUUCCAUCGCUGAGAUCUUCUUCACAGAUCUCUGCAUGCAGGAAGCCGCUGCUGACCACUGUAAAGAAGCCAUCGACAAAGCACUACAGUACGAUGAAAACAACCCUGAAGCUCUGCAGCUGAUGGCCAGCUACCAGUUCAGCAUUGAGAAAACUGAGGAGGGACGCGAGUACCUGAAGAAGAGUGUGUCGUCAUGGUUACCUAGCCUACAGAAAGAGGAAGAGUCAUUGGCGAGCACAGAGCUUAACAUGGAAGAGGAAGAAGAUCAGACUAAGAGCAAAAUGCCACCUUACGAAUCCAGAAUAACAACAGCCAAACUGCUGAUCGAGGCUGAGGAGUAUGAGAUGGCCACAGAAGUUUUGGAGGAUCUUCUAGAAGAGGAUGAUGAAGUUGUGGAGGUGUGGUAUCUGUUGGGAUGGCUCUUUUAUUUGCAGCUGGACAAACAAGACUCGGCAGACAACAGUGUGAACUUCAGAAAAUCAGCCUGGACGUACCUUAGCAAGGCCAAAAAGCUUUAUUUGAAGCUGCGAUGCGAGGACGAACCCAUGCUUGAACAUACGGAGCAGCUGUUGGCAGAACUGCGAGAUGAAGAACACAACGAUGAUGAUGAUGAAGCUGGACCUUCUGUUGAAGGCAUUGAUGAUGAUUUCAUUGAGAGCAGUGAUGAUGAAGAUGAUGAAGAUGCCAUGGAUCACUAACUGGACUUUUUCCACUCAUGUUUAUUUGAGUUGUCUUCUUGGACUCGUCCAGUCUGAAUAUUAAAGUGAAAGCAGAUGGCUGCGUCUUCACACUGUUUGCUAGUUUCUUCAACUUUUUUUUUCUCUCUCACUCAAUUACUUUCCUCCUCAAUCUCCAUUCAUUUCAAGUCUGAUCUGAAUUUCUAAAGCUGGGAUGUAUUUUCUGGGUGCCUUGUUUUUUUUUUUUUUUUUUUAUUUUGCAUGCCGAGACUGCGAACCAUCAGGACGUCUGUCACACUGAUCUGGACAUCGAUCAAGUGUGUUUCAUAACAACUCACUUCAGUUAUUUUUACCGUUUUAUAAGCCUUGCAAAGCUCUGAAAAUGUCAACUUGAGAAGAAAUAAAGGCAUUUCUAAUUACAAAAACAA